AUGGCCGAUAGGAAUUACCGGGGCUUCCUUAAACCUAGUUCGGCGAGGGCAGGCCCUCGUUCGAAUAACCCUAGGUCUCAUACCGCUUACCCAGAUGUUUGGAUGGCUGACAGUGAUCGGCACCACUUAGACCGAGUGCAAGUCUUUAAUAAACGCAGGGACUCCAUCGCUUCAAGUUCGCGAAGCCGUCCCGGUACGCCAUUGAGACAUGAUCCCUCUAAGCCAAGUAUGCGUAUUGAAAAACAUAGAUCCAUGUCUACUAGCAAACCGCCGGCGGUGGAAUUUCUAGAAAAAGACUGGCGGAAAAGUACACCAUGGGCCAAAGACAAAGAGAUGCGACUUAGAUCAUCUCUAAGUCCUUCUAUCGACACACCCACCUCUACUGGAUGUAUGUCCCCAAUAGAGCUGCAAGAUGAGCUUGACCGUUACAGUGUACAGAGCCAAUAUCUUCUCACAGAUAAUGAAUGGGUAUCCCCUCCCGGCCCCCGGGGCCGAACUAGGCGCAUUGACCCAAAGGAAUUCAACAAAGAACGAGUUAAGACGCUUAAACGAUGGAACACGGUCCAAGGCUUCAUGUAUGGCAUGAAUUCGUCAACGCUUCGGGAGACCGAUGUAAAGCAACCCCGAGACGCAUAUUUCCCCGGCGUUGUAUUCAGCGCCCCUGUCCACACAGCGGUGGCCUCUGACGAAUUGCACGUUCCAAAUGACGAUCCUCAUUUGACAGCAACUCCUUUUGGUACGUUGAACUCUAAGUAUCGUAAGAUGAUUGUGUAUCGUGUUUUCGGUGAGCAUCUUCAAUGCCUGCCGAUUUAUACCCACAAUGGCCGAGGGCUGGAAGGAAAGGAGUUCCCCGAAGAGUUCGUAAGUAUUCGAGACGUAGACGACCCACAUCCAAACCGAGACGAGGGCCCAUACAUAGGAAUCGACGCCCGUCGAGAAAGGGGAUAUAGAGGGAUGUUUAUUCAAGGUAAAGCAGUUGUUAAACUGACUGAGUCAUACACUCAUCGAUACGAAGCUCCCGCUACUAUCGAAGGUAGGGUUGUGUUGCACAAUAACUGUAGAGAGAGAUUAUUUGAUCUAGUUAAAUACAAGAGUCGGUAG